AUGAAAUUCCUUGCCCCCGUUUUCCUUGUUGGCUGCGUCUACACCGCCGGAACAGUCGCGGACGAGUCUGCAGUCGGCGCAGCGACUCCUGUGGAAGACACUGUAAAUGGGGUCAAAACCACUCUGAACUUUGCUGGGAAGUACACCAACAGCUGCUUCUCCGUCCCUAAUUCUCUCUGCUUUGGUGGUACUGAGCAGAUCGUCUCUGGAAACUCAGUGCCGGAAGGUCUAGGAGCAUGGCUGACAUUUGACCACCUAUAUUCCGCUGACCAAAGCGGAAAUGGGAACCACAUGCAUAGAACCCCAAGGGCUGGCCCAGGCCACAACGGUCGCGGUGCCAGUGCUGCCUUUGUUAAGGGUGCCAGCAGCAAAAUCAAGUCCAGCCCGUCUCUAGAGUCCCCAGAUUUCACAGUCUCCUUUUGGAUGUACUUGUUGAGCGACUCAAAUGGCCUUUUCCGCAACAUUGUUUCAAAGGGGAGCGAGAUGUCCCAGACACCUUCCAUCCUCCUCUACCCUGACAGCCGCCGUCUCUCCGUUCGCGUUACAACUGACGAUAGCGGUUCUGAGGGCAUGCCUUCAACGGGAAGUCUCCCACUCAGACGCUGGACUCACGUUGCGGUUACUGCAACUCAGAACAGGCUCAAGCUAUUUCUGAAUUUCCUUCGGGGCAACGUAGUGCCGAACACUGAAGACAUCGUGGUUGGAGCUUCCAUUGAGAACCCCGGCUUCGAGGGUUACAUUGAUGACUUCCGCGUAUACACCAAGGGACUUUCUGACAAUGAAGUAUCAGCCAUGACCAUGCCCGCGUUGACUGGUGUACCAGACUCCGAAUUCGUUUCGCUAGGCUGCGACUCUUGUGGAUAUGACUUCGCAAUGAACUCCAACAUGUGUGGAGAGCCCGCAGCUCACCUUUGCUCACUGCAAGAACUCUACCAGGGUGGUAUUCAUGCGGCACGCAUCAACGGACUACUGAACUCCAAAACGGAGAUGUGGCACAGCGACAUGACCGCCGGCGAAAUGGGAAACAAUGAAAGCCGCAUGGCAUUAUGCUGUGCUGCAUCCCGCGGGUCGGAAAGCGCAUAG